CGCUUCCCACCUCCCCUCCCAGCCUCUCUCCUCUUCCCUUGGACUGCAGCAGAGAAACCGCUGCAUCGAGAGAAGAGAAGAAACAAGAAAUCUCGGCGCGAUGCCUCCUGCCUCUGCUGCUGUGUAGAGAAAUCGGGGAGACUCAUCGAGCUCGGUGCGAUGCAUCUGGUCCUCUGCACACUGCUGAUGGUGUCUUCUGCUGAGCUCUGACAGACUGAGGAUCUUUCCAAUUUGAGAUCAACUGUCUCCAUUUCAGUACUGUCUGGCUUCUCCCAUCCAAUGGAAUUAGACCUCAUUACUUAAUCAUUAGUUUCCUGGCAUCUGACUGACUUUUCAGCACUAAUAAACUGCCUUAAGUCUUGCUCUGUCUGGGAAUAGAUGAUCAUAAAGAAAGAAAGAAUAGGUAGCUUAUAUUAGUAGCACCGGGUGGAAUAAAAGGUCAAGAGAGUUGAAUAAGAGACUUUAAGUGCCAGCUAACCUUGUGUCAAGAUGGAUGAAACACAUAACAACAGGACUUCCUUGGUUAAAGGUGCCAAGGACAUCGCUAAAGAAGCCAAGAGGCACGCUUCCAAAAAUUUCAGCAAAGCUGUUGAUUGUGCCUCAGAUGAAUACUCAACUCAUCGCAGCUACAACCGUUUCCAAAACGAGGAUGAAGAAGAGAACAACUACAAUAAUUACACUCAGCAAGAUGGUAACUACGCUGACAACGCAGCCAACGACGAGGACGGGGCCUCCAGCGACGCCACGGAGGGCCACGACGAUGAAGACGAGAUCUACGAGGGGGAGUACCAAGGCGUGCCUGCGUACAAUGAUGGGAAGCCUCGGGAUGGUCAGGUGGCUCUGGGCCAGCCGGUUUCUGACAGCCUAAAGAGCCGCAAGGAGUUGGAAAAUGAGAGACUGGCAGAUGAGGAGGAGCUUGCCCAGCAGUACGAGCUGAUCAUGCAGGAGUGUGGCCAUGGGAGAUUCCAGUGGCAGCUGUUCUUUGUACUCGGGCUGGCGCUCAUGUCAGAUGGUGUGGAGGUGUUCGUAGUGGGCUUUGUCCUACCCAGUGCUGAGACAGACAUGUGUGUCCCCAACUCUGGUGCCGGAUGGCUGGGUAGCAUUGUGUAUCUGGGGAUGAUGUUCGGAGCCUUUUUUUGGGGCGGCCUGUCAGACAAGCUGGGACGUAAACAGUGCCUGCUGAUAUCCAUGUCUUUCAAUGGCUUCUUCGCCUUCCUAUCCUCCUUUGUCCAAGGCUACAGUAUGUUCCUCGUCUGCCGCAUGUUGUCUGGCUUUGGGAUUGGAGGAGCAGUACCAAUAGUGUUCUCGUACUUUGCGGAGGUGUUGGCCCGGGAGAAGAGAGGAGAGCAUCUGAGCUGGCUGUGCAUGUUCUGGAUGAUCGGAGGAAUUUACGCCUCAGCCAUGGCCUGGGCUAUAAUCCCACACUAUGGCUGGAGUUUCAGCAUGGGUUCAGCGUACCAGUUCCACAGCUGGAGAGUGUUCGUGGUGGUGUGUGCGCUGCCGUGUGUCUCUGCAGUGGUAGCUCUCACUUUUAUGCCUGAGAGCCCCCGCUUCUACCUGGAGAUGGGUAAACACGACGAGGCCUGGAUGGUGCUCAAACAAAUCCAUGACACCAACAUGCGUGCCCGUGGAGAGCCCGAGAGAGUCUUCACUGUGAACAGAAUAAAAAUCCCCAAACAGCUGGACGAGCUGGUGGAGAUGCAGAAUGAGUCAGCCAACCCUGUGCUCAAGGUCCUCUUCAAGAUCAAGGCUGAGCUCAGAGGAAUCUGGUUGACUUUUAUGAAAUGCUUCAACUACCCAGUGAAAGACAACACUAUAAAACUGGCUACAGUGUGGUUUACUCUGUCUUUUGGGUUCUACGGGCUCUCUGUGUGGUUCCCGGAUGUCAUCAAGCACCUUCAGGCCGAUGAGUACGCCUCCAGAGUGAAGAUCCACAACAACGAACGCACUGAAGACUUCACCUUCAACUUCACCCUGGAGAACCAAAUCCACAGAAACGGAGUCUUUCUAAAUGACAGGUUUAUCAGUAUGAAGUUCAAGGCGGUCACAUUCAUCGACUCAUCUUUCCUCAACUGCUACUUUGAAGAUGUCUCCUCAGUUGGCUCUUCCUUCAAAAACUGCACCUUUGUAGACUCCUUCUUUUACAACACAGAUAUUGACGACACCAAACUAACAAAUUCAAGAGUGAUCAACAGCUCCUUCCACCACAACAAGACAGGCUGUCAGAUGACAUUUGACGAUGAUUACAGUGCCUACUGGGUCUAUUUCGUAAACUUCCUUGGGACACUGGCUGUGCUGCCUGGAAACAUCGUCUCUGCCCUCCUCAUGGACAAAAUAGGACGCCUUAGCAUGUUAGGAGGCUCCAUGGUGCUGUCAGGCAUCAGCUGCUUCUUUCUUUGGUUCGGCACCAGUGAGUCUAUGAUGAUCUUCAUGCUCUGUCUCUACAACGGCCUCAGUAUCUCUGCCUGGAACUCCCUGGAUGUGGUCACUGCUGAGCUGUACCCAACAGACAGGAGGGGCACAGGAUUUGGCUUCUGUAAUGCCAUGUGCAAGCUGGCAGCGGUGCUGGGCAACCUGAUCUUUGGCUCACUGGUUGGCAUCACCAAGGCUAUCCCCAUCCUGCUGGCAUCGUCCGUGUUGGUUGGCGGCGGGCUGGUGGGGCUCCGACUGCCAGACACACGUGCCAAUGUCCUCAUGUAAACCUCAACACAGAACAGUAUGUUGUUUACCAGGUAUUUACUCAGUAUACUGAAUAACAUGAUGAUUUGUGGACUGAUUUAUUUGAAUAUCACCGAAACAAGCUGUUGGCUGUCAUCCUUCUUGUAUUUAUUAUUUGAUAAAUAAUGUUGACUGUGUUCACAAACCCGCAUACAGGAGAAGUGAUUGUCUUUUUUUGGUAUUUCUGAGUUAAAUACCUGGUAAAUAAUAAAGGAUAGUGAAAUGCAGUUUAACUUAACAAUUAGCUGUAGAUAUAAAGAGUUUAAAGACAGGAAUUCAAGAUAAAAAAGCUGUUCAGACACAAGUUAGAAUUAUCAGUGGCGAUAAAACUCUGCAUAUCAGCAGCUCAUUAUCUACCAUGGGCUGUUUCACACAUGCAACCCACAAAUGCAUGUGUCAAAGCUGCAAAAGGCUUGGAUUUCUGACAAUUGUUCCUUUCCAAAUCCUGCUCAGUCUUGCUCAGAUUAAAGGAAUAGUUUGACAUUUUGGGAAAUAAAGUUACCCCCAGCAGCCGUUAGCUUAGCUUAAAGACUGGAAAAAGCUAGUCUGAAGUACAGUAACAAAAUACACCAACCAACACCUCUGAAGCUCACUGAAGAGAUAGUGACAGAGACAAAGGUUGCUCAGCAACAACAAUAGCAACAGUAACAACUAUACAAGUAGAAAUGUCUAAUAAUAGGAAUGAUGAUAAUGAUCAUAAUGGUAAAUGGACUGUUCUUAUACAGCGUUUUCUAGUCUCCCAACCACUCAAAAGUGCUGUACACCACAUGCCACAUUCACCCAUGCACCCUCAUUCAUACGGUGAUGACAAAGGCCAUCACAAACGGAAAGUAAUUCAUUCACACACAUUCACACAGCGAUGCACAGCAUCAGGAGCAAUUUGGGGUUCAGUACCUCGCUCAAGGACACUUUGACAAGCAGCGGGAGGAGCCGGUGAUUGAACCGAUCUCGAUACGUUGAGAUGCAUCGAGAAUCGUUGUGCAUAUUUUGAAGUCAGUGAAGAUUCACACCUCUAGAGGUGCUUGUAGGUGGAU